CCGUUGACAAGGCAGCGCAACCUCGGUCCAAGCGCGUGCAUCCCACCUGCUGCUGGAGACGGCGCGUGAGACGCACUGCUUCGCGUUGAGAUUAGUGUGUUAGUUGGUUAGACCAUUAAUCAAAUUCAAAAUUAAGCAAAAUGAAAAAAAGCUCUCUUCAAAGUCCAACAUAAACACCAUUUUUGAACCAAAUCAAAACCUCCUCCGUCUAGUUUUGGCGGCUCUGUCUCUCUCACAUCAUCUUCUUCUCCGUUUAAUUUUAGUUGCCGACGAUGCUCAAGCUACGGCGGUAUCUGUGUCUACUCCUCACCGUCUGGUUCUUGUGUAAUUCCGGUUCGGUUUACGUGGUUCGAGCCCAAAAUCGAACCGUAGCCACCACACAUCCCGACGAAGCGCGAGCUUUGAACUCAAUUUUCGCGGCUUGGAGGAUUCGGGCGCCGAGGGAAUGGAACAUCAGCGGCGAACUUUGCUCCGGCGCCGCCAUCGACGCAAGUGUCCAAGACUCAAACCCUGCCUACAAUCCUCUAAUCAAAUGCGAUUGUAGUUUCGAAAACUCCACAAUCUGCCGCAUUACCAACAUCAAGGUUUACGCGAUGGAAGUUGUAGGACCUAUACCACAACAGCUCUGGACCUUGGAAUACCUCACAAAUCUGAACUUGGGUCAAAAUGUUCUCACUGGCUCACUACCGCCUGCAAUUGGAAAUUUGACUCGAAUGCAAUGGAUGACUUUUGGGAUCAAUGCGUUGUCUGGCCCUGUUCCUAAAGAAAUCGGUUUGCUUACAAAUUUAAAAUUACUUAGUAUUAGUUCAAAUAACUUUUCCGGUUCUAUACCAGAUGAGAUUGGGAGAUGUACAAAACUACAACAGAUAUACAUUGAUAGUUCGGGUCUCAGCGGGAGAAUACCUGUAUCAUUUGCUAAUCUUGUGGAGCUUGAACAAGCUUGGAUUGCGGAUAUGGAACUUACAGGUCAGAUACCAGACUUUAUAGGAGAUUGGACCAAUCUUACUACCUUGAGAAUUCUCGGAACUGGUUUAAGUGGUCCAAUACCUGCGUCGUUUUCCAACUUAACUUCUUUGACAGAGCUGAGGCUUGGUGAUAUAUCCAAUGGAAGUUCUUCUCUUGAAUUCAUCAAAGACAUGAAAUCUCUAAGUAUAUUAGUAUUGAGGAACAACAAUCUCACUGGGACAAUACCGUCUAAUAUUGGAGAAUACUCAAGUUUGCGACAAGUUGAUUUGAGCUUCAACAAACUACAUGGACCAAUUCCGGCUUCACUUUUCAACUUAAGUCAACUUACUCACUUGUUUCUGGGAAACAACACGUUGAAUGGUUCCCUUCCCACUCAAAAGAGGCAGUCUUUGAGCAAUAUAGAUGUGUCGUACAAUGAUUUGUCUGGAAGUCUUCCUUCAUGGGUCAGCUUACCAAACUUGAAUCUCAACCUAGUUGCUAACAACUUCACAUUGGAAGGUCUUGACAACAGGGUUUUAUCAGGACUGAACUGCCUGCAGAAGAACUUCCCCUGCAAUCGGGGCAAAGGAAUAUAUUCUGACUUCUCAAUCAACUGCGGAGGCCCAGAGAUAAGAUCUGUAACUGGAGCACUAUUUGAGAGGGAGGACGAGGAUCUUGGACCAGCUUCAUUUGUCGUGAGUGCUGGUCAGAGAUGGGGAGCCAGUAGUGUAGGACUUUUUGCCGGAAGUAGCAAUAAUAUAUACAUAGCUACCUCACAAUCACAAUUUGUCAACACUUUAGACUCAGAGCUAUUUCAGUCAGCAAGACUUUCUGCAUCUUCCCUUAGGUACUAUGGGUUGGGGCUAGAAAAUGGAGGUUAUACCGUAACACUUCAGUUUGCUGAAAUACAAAUUCUAGGUUCUACUUCUAACACUUGGAGAGGUUUAGGAAGACGACGUUUUGACAUUUAUGUCCAGGGAAGACUUGUUGAAAAGGACUUUGAUGUACGCAGAACAGCUGGUGACUCCACUGUUCGAGCAGUUCAGAGAGAAUAUAAAGCAAAUGUAUCAGAAAAUCAUCUCGAAGUCCAUCUUUUCUGGGCUGGAAAAGGAACAUGCUGUAUUCCUAUCCAAGGGGCUUAUGGGCCAUUAAUAUCAGCCGUCGGUGCAACACCAGAUUUCACACCAACAGUGGGUAAUAGGCCUCCAUCAAAGGGAAAGAGCAUGACUGGUACUAUUGUGGGUGUCAUUGUUGGCGUUGGACUAUUGAGCAUCUUUGCUGGUGUGGUUAUUUUUAUCAUCCGAAAAAGAAGAAAGCGGUACACAGAUGAUGAAGAGAUACUUAGUAUGGACGUAAAGCCUUACACCUUCACUUACUCCGAACUAAAAAGUGCAACUCAAGAUUUCGAUCCCUCAAACAAGCUUGGAGAGGGGGGAUUUGGGCCUGUUUAUAAGGGAAAACUCAAUGAUGGAAGAGAGAUAGCAGUGAAGCUAUUGUCGGUGGGAUCCCGGCAAGGGAAGGGACAAUUUGUUGCAGAAAUUGUAGCAAUUUCUGCAGUUCAACAUCGCAACUUGGUAAAACUUUAUGGGUGCUGCUAUGAAGGAGAUCAUCGUUUGCUUGUAUAUGAAUACCUUCCUAACGGAAGUCUUGAUCAGGCUCUAUUUGGUACGCACAGAAACAUGAUUAUCGAUCUAUGCUUCUGCCAGCCUAAAAGCACUCAUUAUGUACUUGUCGUUGGUUUGAAUGUUGCAGGGGAAAAGACUUUGCAUCUUGAUUGGUCAACCCGUUAUGAGAUAUGCCUGGGAGUAGCCAGAGGUCUAGUCUAUCUCCAUGAGGAGGCGAGGCUUCGCAUAGUACACAGGGAUGUGAAGGCCAGCAACAUUUUGCUUGACUCUAAAUUGGUACCAAAAGUUUCUGAUUUUGGGCUUGCAAAACUGUACGAUGACAAGAAAACCCACAUAAGUACCCGAGUGGCAGGGACUAUUGGGUAUCUUGCACCAGAGUAUGCCAUGCGUGGACAUCUAACAGAGAAAACAGAUGUGUAUGCCUUUGGUGUUGUGGCUCUUGAGCUAGUGAGUGGAAGGCCAAACUCUGAUGAGAACUUGGAGGAUGAAAAAAGAUAUCUUCUUGAAUGGGCAUGGAAUCUACACGAGAAAAGCCGUGAGGUUGAACUUAUUGAUCAUGAGCUGACUGAUUUCAACACGGAAGAAGCAAAGCGCAUGAUUGGCAUUGCUCUGUUGUGCACACAGACAUCUCAUGCCUUGAGACCACCAAUGUCACGAGUGGUGGCCAUGCUUUCAGGAGAUGUUGAGGUCAGUGAUGUCACUUCAAAGCCAGGCUACCUAACCGACUGGAGAUUUGAUGACACCACAGGGUCCUCUAUCAGCGGCUUUCGAAUUAAAACCACGGAGGCUUCUGAAUCCUUCAUGAGCUUUGUGGCGCCUGGCUCCGAGAUAUCACCAAGAAACAACGACUCUAAACCAAUGCUUGGAGCCCAGAUGAAUGAGGGAAGAUGACAAAGACCCUUCACUGUAACUAUAUGGUGGCUAUAGAGAUGAUGUUUGUGUAUAUGAGGAUCACUAUUUCCUUCUUUGAUUGAAAAACUCUAGAUUUCACUUUGACUAGAUAAAUAAUAAUAUUUUAGCUCGUCUGAGUUCGACUA